AUGCCGCACAAUUUCCAACCCGGAGACCUGGUCUUCGCUAAAAUGAAGGGGUACCCCCACUGGCCAGCCAGGAUUGAGGAUGUGGCAGAUGGAGCAGUAAAACCCCCUCCAAAUAAAGUCCCCAUCUUCUUCUUUGGGACCCAUGAAACACCACUUGCUCCGGCCAAACGCUACGCCACCCCCACAGACUAUAGUUUCUUCUCCGCUAUUAAAGCAUUCCUUGCACCAAAGGACCUUUUUGCAUAUGACAAGUACAGCGAGCGCUAUGGGAAACCUAAUAAAAGGAAGGGCUUCAAUGAGGGCUUGUGUGAAAUCCAGAACAACCCUCACGCCUCAUACAGUGCUCCUGCACCUGUCAGCUCGUCUGACAGUGAAGCCAAUGACGGUGCAGCAGGAAGUGAGGCAGAGGAUGACGAGGAAGCAGUGGUGCCCAGGAAAGCAUAUUCAGGAAGUGAAGUAAAUUCUGACUCAGGAAGUGAGGAUCGAGGAGGGGUGAAGAGGAAGGCCCCUGCUGCCAAGCGGCCCCCUGUGAAGAAGACCCGGGGUUCGUCCAGUGACCGGGAUGGAGAGGAGAGUGGCUCACCCUCGGAUCCAGACCCAUCCCCUUCUGACUCGGACUCUGGGAAGAACAGUGACCAGGACUUCACCCCAGAGAAGAAGGCAGCAGCAGGCCGUGGCGGCGCCGGGAAGAAGGCUGGAGGUGGCAAAGGGAAGAAGGUGGUGUCGUCGGACUCCGACUCUGGGUCUCAGUCAGACAAGAAGAAAGGGGGCAGUGAUUCAGAGGAUCAGAAGCCACGGCCUGCUCUGUCUGGAUCAGAAUCCCAGUCUGGCUCCAAAUCCGACUCUGACUCAGAGCCACAGCCACCUCAACGGAAGGCUCCUCAAGCGCGCAAGAAAGAGAAGCCUCCGCCAAAGCCUCGGGGUGGACGGAAACCCAAAGCUGCCCCGGUCAGAGCACCGGCAUCUUCCUCUGACAGUGAUAGCGACAGUGAGCCGGACCGAGUCAGCGACUGGAAAAAGAGAGAUGAAGAGCGUCGGAAAGAGCUGGAGGAACGGCGGAAGAAGGAGCAGGCAGAGGAGAUCCUCAAGUAUCGGGAGAGGGAGAAGGAAGAAGAAGAGCAGAGAAAGAAGGACAAGGAGAAGGGAAAGAGCAGUGGUGAAAACAGUUCAGAUGAGGGUGUAGAUCACCCACUGAAGAAGUCCAAGAAACCCCCACCGCCCCCCAUCCCCGCCCCCUCCGACUCUGACUCUGGACCUGAGGUGAAAGCAUCUGCAAAGCGUUCAGACAACCAGAAGAAAGGGAGAACAAAGAAAGAGAGGGAUCAUGGUAAAGGCAAAAAGGAGAAAGAUGUGAAGGAAAAGCGAACCCAGCGGUCAGAGGAGAGUCCCCAAGUGAGGUCCAAGCCUGAGAAGCCCAAACGCAAACCAGAGAGACCUCCAGAGAGGAAAGCAGAGAAGAAAAAAGAGCCAACUCCAGAUGAAAAGUUGCAGAAGCUCCACGCUGACAUCAAGUUUGCACUGAAAGUGGACAACCCAGACAUAGAGCGCUGUCUACAGGCCCUGGCGGAGCUGGAAGCUGUGCCGGUCACCAGCCACAUCCUGCAGAAGAACUCAGAUGUUAUUGCCACGCUUAAAAAGAUCCGUCGAUACAAAGCAAGCAGUGACGUAAUGGAAAAGGCCAGCCAGGUCUACAACAAAUUAAAGGGGCAGUUUGUGGUCAAGUCUGAAAUGCCAAGUAAACACAAAGCUGAGGGAAAGGAGCAGGAAGAGAAUGGGAAGGAGACAUCAAACACAGAAAUCCAGAAAAAGGAAUGCACUGAGCUGGAGGAUACCCCAAAGUCACCGGUCCAGGAAGUGAAUGAUGAGCAUGUAGCUUCAAGCCCCAACAGGCGAAGUCCUGAUAGUCCUGCUGAGCAGCAGACGAACACUGAUGAAACACACCACGCUCUCUCUACAGAAACAGAACCGACAGCGAUGGAGAGCUGA